CUACACUACGUAUUAUUGUUUUCUCUAGACCCUUUAAAAAGCUAGCUAUGGUGACCAAAAAAACUCAACAUAAUGAAAUGGAGGGUAGUGGUAAUUUUAGCCUUGUCUCUUUUGUGAAGUGCUUCAAUGGGUGCAGAGAUCAAGCUCAAGUCUCUAGUUUUGGGACAAGGAUUUGGAAUUUCAGUGAUAAAUCAAUUGAAUUGCAGAUAAGGGUUGGUUCAAUCUUGAAGAAAGUUCACACUUUGAAGCCAGGAUCAUCAAAGAGGCUAAAUUCCAAGAAAAUUUACAAGGCUUAUAUGCCUGGUAACUAUAAAGGUGGAACAAAGAGUUUGCUUUACUAUUAUGAUGAAUCUUGCCACCCUUAUAUUUGGAUUAAUGAUACAGGUUGUGAUUUCUCAAGAAUGGUGAAACAACAGUACAUAAGUCUUGAAGAUUUGAGGGAUUGUUCUGAGAUUAGAAUAUUUAGAGAUCAUCAAAGAGGUUGCAUUUCAGUUAGGAAGAAGCCAAGAACAGAGCUUUGUUAACUGAUUUCUUCUUCCCUUUUGCUUUGUAAGACAACUUUUUUCAUUAAGAUUUGUGAUUUGAAAGCUUCAAGUGCUAUUGUUGAUCUAUGUACUUGUAAAAACUAUGACACAUAGAUCGUCGAGUGAAUUUAAUUGCUUGUUUUAGUUUUCUCCCUUAGAUUUGUCAUUUGUAUUUGUAAUUGUUGAUUAGCAUACUUAGAAUGGAUUACUUGAAAGUUUCCAA